AUGGGCCGCAAGCACGCGUUUGGGUCGUUUCCGUCGCUGUCGACGAGCCAAGAACAGCGGCAAUUCUGGGCCCGCUUUCAAGAAGCGCUGCUGGACAAAGAGACCGCGCUCAAAACCAUGGAGCAGGACAGCACCAAAGUCCAGGACCAGUGGAAUUCCACGAUCAACAAGCUUGAAACCCAAUUAAACCAAUACACGCUACAAAUUGACCACAAGAACGCUGAAAUGGCCGACGUCCAGAAGGAAGAGGCCAAAGUCAUAACCUUUCUCCAAGGCCACCAACGAAGCGCCAGCGAAUCCACGUCAUCCCAGCGAGAAUUAUCCCAGCUGGAAGCGAAAUUGGCCGAGUUGGAAGCCAAGCUGCAAGCGUCCAAGGACAGCCACGCGACGUCGCGCCUUCGCGAUGAGACCGUCGCAAUCGACAAGGAGCUCAACUCGCUCUCGUUCGACUUGAAAAUCGCCCAAGACAAAGUCAACGUCCUCCGCGGCUUUGAAAAGGAGGAGAGCGCUCUGGAGCACUCGAGGCGCGACGUAUGUGCCCGAAAAGCCGGCGUCCACGAGAACUUGACCGACCCCAAGUUUGCGCAUCUCUUGCCCCACCAACCCACGGAAGCAUCAUUAGAUCAGGAUGUGAAUACGCUCGAAGCGCUGGCUGAAACCUGCAAACGGACUAUCCACGAGAGCCACGAUGCGUUGCGGCGCUGCGAAGCCCAAGCCACGGAAUUGAAUCUCAAGAAACAGCAAGAAGAAAACACCGUGUCCAAGCUACGCAAGGAACUGGACCAGUUGGAGCUAGGACCGAUGCAGGAGCUGCAGCGAAUCUUCUCGGCGUACCAGCUGCUGCAGCCCGAGACGGCCGUGGCCCAGCUGGAAACCAUGUACAUGGAGGCCAAAGACAAGACGGUGAGCCGCAAGAAUGCCGUCAUGUUCUUGAAAACGUACAAGAAGAAGGGCGAAAAGGAACACUGCUGCCCGCUGUGCCACCGCGGCAUGACCCCCGACGAGUUGGCCGUGUUCUCCAAGCUCGUGGCCGACAAAAUGGACGACUCGAAGAACCAAGAGAAAAUUCACAAGGCGGAACGACUCGAGCAGCAAGCAUUUGAAGUGUGGAAGCAGACGGAAACGCUCAUGCCGUCGUGGCACCGCCUCCAAGCCAUCCAAAAGGACUUACCCGCGAGAAGCGACGUCCUCAACGACCUGUACAAGCAGUCGCGCGCCCUCGAGCUGGAUCUUACACAAACCCGACUCGUGGUUCAGCAAAACGAAGCCAAGCUGAGCCAAGUCGUGGAAGGAUGGGAUCUCCUCAAGGCUCUCAAGAAAAGCUACGACCAAGUGGAAUUUGACGCGAAAAAGGUGGCGGCGUCGGAGCGCGAUUUGGCGUCGCGGCUAGCGGACAGCCUCGGGAGCAACCCGCCGACCAUGUCGAUGGCCCAGGAGGCAGACAGGUCGUACGAGUGA